AAAGUGGCGUGAAAAGACAGUUUUCAAAAUGCAAUCACAGGUAGUUUUCUCCUUGAUUUUCAUCCUGUGCUUUCUUUCUGUAAAAGCUCAGCGACCGGACUGCCGCAGGCUUAGGGAGAAUUGUAGACCCUGUACUAAUCGGUUAGUGGAUCCUGUCAAUAAUGUGGAAUUUAUAAACAGGGACUGCCGCGAAAAGGUCGGAGAUCGAUGGAUUUGGCGCGAUGUGAAGCGCUGUGACAUGCAGAUCGUGGCUUGUGAGAAUCACAAUGUUAGAUUGGACUGUGAAAAUGUGGCUAGAUUGGCUGGUAUGCGAAGACGCCGUGGCGGUGAAUGAAUAUAAUUUAUAAUUUUUUGCUUAAAAAAUUUUUUAAAUAAAAAUUCUUUGGGAUAACUGAC